UGGGCUGAGGAGGGGUGGCGCGGGUGUGGGGGGGGAAGGAAAGAGGUUGUGUUGCGGGCGGAGCCGAGGCGGCCGCGCACGGGCCGGCAGCGACCCGCUCCCGGGGCCCGCGGGAGAUUCUGCCAAUCUCCCAAGGUCGGGGCUUGAACCCUGCCAGAUAAAGUCAAAAACGCCCCCCUCUUUUCCCAGCCAUGCAAACUGCGGGAUGAAGCUGGAAGCUGUGGUCGAGCAGCUGCAGAAGCAGCAGCAGAAGCAGCAAACACCUCUGCAGAUGGAUUCCAGGGAGAGACAGCAGAGGCAGAUGAGAGAAGCCCAGCUGCUCUACACCCAGCAGCUGGCUGUGCAGCAGGCUGUCCUAGCAGCCACAUCUGGCAGGGCUUCGGGCGGCUCUGCUGUUGGUCCCUUGGCCAGAGGCCCGUCUGCAGCGGGAGCUACACGGGCUUUUGAUCAAAGCAGCAUGAAUUCGGAGCCAGAAGAGGAGGAGGAGGAUGAAGAGGAGGAUGAAGAGGAGGAGGAGGAGGAGGAGGAAGAAGGGGCUUUGGAAGGUGUCGAUCUUGAGGAUGGUGCUGAUGUGACUGGAAAACAAAGCUGCUCUGCUCUGAAAUAUUUUCAUGCUCCCAAAGUUGCCCAUCACAACCAAAGAGUGGCCUCUACCUCUAAUCCUCUUCCAGCUUCAGGGCACCAGCGGGGACAGCAGGGCAAAGAAGAACAGGGUAAAGACACUACUAAGCAACCGUAUUGCGGUUCCCCGUCUGGACGCCAGAACUGGCGGUUGGACGAGCAGCUCAAACAGAAUGGCAACGUGACCUGGAGUGAUGAAGGUGAUGGAUGCAGAGGAAGAGAAAUUUCAAGAGACUUUGCCAAGCUCUAUGAACUGGAUAGUGACCCUGAACGGAAAGAGUUCCUGGAUGACCUCUUCAUCUUUAUGCAGAAGAGAGGAACUCCGAUCAAUAGGAUCCCCAUCAUGGCAAAGCAGAUCCUGGAUCUCUACAUGCUCUAUAAGCUGGUGACGGAGAAAGGAGGGCUGGUGGAAAUCAUCAACAAGAAGAUCUGGCGAGAGAUCACCAAAGGCCUUAAUCUGCCCACCUCCAUCACCAGUGCUGCGUUCACCCUUCGAACUCAGUACAUGAAGUACCUAUAUGCCUAUGAAUGUGAGAAGAAAUCCCUCAGUUCUCCUGCUGAGCUUCAGGCUGCAAUCGAUGGCAACAGGCGGGAAGGCAGGCGGCCCAGCUACAGCUCCUCUUUGUUCAGCUACUCGCCCACCACCACAGGGCCUCCUUCCCUCCUUUCUCCCCCAAAGAUUCGCUUCCCCAUCAUCGGUGUCGCGCCAGGCAGUGGGACCAGCAAUCCUCGGGUGUCUCCAGCAGCUGCGGUCAGAAAAGGUGAUGGUGUGCCCUUGACUGUGUCUAUGCCAAAUCGUAUUGCUGUGCCAGUGACCUUGGCUAGCCAGCAGGCAACUGUGGCAGCAAGAACAGCCACCCUGGAGCAGCUGAGGGAGAGACUGGAGUCAGGAGAGCCUCCAGAGAAGAAGGUCUCGCGGAUGACGGAGGAGGAGCAGCGGCUUGUCCAGCAGGCUCUUCAGCGCAACCUGUUCAGCAUGGCACGGCAGAUCCCCAUGAAGAUCAAAAUCAAUGGCAAGGAAGAUAAACCAGACUCGGCGGCAGCAGCAGCACUGAAUUUGUCACCUAACGGCAUUGGGAGUAUUAACAUGUCGGUGGAGAUUAACGGCACAAUUUACGCUGGAGUGCUCUUCGCCCAGAAGCCAGUUGUCCAUCUCAUUGCAGGCUCCAGCACCCAGAGUUCCUGCAGCAGCAGCAGCAGCUCCCACUGCUCUCCCAGCCCUACCUCAUCCCGGGGAACCCCCAGCGCAGAGCCCUCCACCAGCUGGUCUCUCUGAUGGUCGGUCGAGCCUGCUGUCUCUCACACUGGCCUCCGGCAGCUCUUCCUCUCUGCUCUUGGCAGGGAGCGAGCCAGGAAGGAGUCGCACAGAUUACCUCAUCUCAAGGAACCUGCUUUUGUGGUUGGCCAACGGCAAGAUGAUGAUGAUGCUGAAACCUUUCCAUGCCAGCGAGUUUUUCUUCGUCGUCUGUUUGUCCAGCCUUUUUCUUUGUUCUCCCCUUUCUUCCUCCCUUUUGCUUUUUGUUUUCUUCCUCCUCCUCCCAGGGUUUGCUGUGUUCCUGUUGGGGGGUGGGAUAUGGAGGUGGGGGGCAUGCCUGGCGUUUUUCAAUCAGGGAUCAUCUCUAGGAGCUGCGGGUGGAGAGAUGGCUGAGACGUCACCAAGGCAGGUGGAAAGAGCUGGAGCCGGGGGAGGGAAACUUGGUUCUCCUCGAACCAGUAGCCACAAGGACUCUUCCCACAAAACAGCUCAGUGUAUUGACAAUCCUAAGAGCCAGCGGGGUGGCUUGCCCCUGUCCUCCCGUGGCUUGUGCUGCAGAAGGCCAUGUGGCUGCAGAGCAGGCGAGCUUCCUCGCUUCCCUUCAGGCUCUGUUGUGGUCCGGUGUUUGUAUGUCCUCCCCUAGAACACAUGCUCUUGGCUCGUGAGCAUCCUUUCCCCUUUCUGAGGUCUUGGUGAGCGGGGGGAAGGACUUUCUCACUGCUGUGUUUGACCCAUAGACACAUUAAAAACCUCUCAAUCAGCUGCUUCGUUCUCCUGGCUGGUCCUGGCCUCUCCCCUACUGUUGCCGCCUUCAGGCUUUCAGCCAAGUUUUAAAUCCCCUCAACCUUGUCCUUGAGGAACUCAUCCCACUGACAUUUACCCUGGCAGCCUGAAUUUACUGUGGCUUGGUGUUUCUUUGCUCCUCUGCCCCCUUGACACGAAAGGGCUCUCAUUUAGGUUGAGCUCAGCUUCCUGGAGCAACUUCCUUCUCGUAAGGUGUCAUUCAGUAGCUGCUGGAAGCUCUCCGCAUCCGUGUGCUGAGAAAAUAGAAGAUGAGAUUUGAAAUCUUAACUCCGUUAAGUGGGGCCAUGGGGGUGUGCAGGUAUUGCGGUUAAUGUUACACGUGCGUCUUUUCGCUGGUCUCUGAAACCAGCCUGCAGAAGCCCAGUCCCCUUCAGAUUGUACGUGAGUGAGAAGAAAGUGGAUCUCAGUUGAGUAAGACCUUCUGUUCUACGUGGAAGCAGAGAAAAGGAAAACAAGCCUUUCCUUGCCCUUUCCCCUCAAGCCUCCAGCUGAAAGCAAGUGAAGGCUGGCCCUGGCUCUCCUGUGUCUGGAGCCAGCCAAGCUGACUUAGUGACCCCAUGGACUCAGCUCCUGCUCAGGUGGCCUCAUCCUGUCCCCUCUCUUCUGGCCUUUCCCACAUAUGCUUUCCCCAGCUUGGAGAUCAGGUCCAAGCACCAUCCAUCCUGCCCUGGUGACGUCCUUCCCAUCCUCCAGGCCCAAGUCAGGUUUUUUUGAGCAGUUGAAAUACCUCAGAUAUGUACUUGUUGUUGGGUUUUUUGUUUGUUUGGGUUGUUUUUUUUAACCUCUUCAGGAAGUAUUGGCAUAUCUUAUUGCUUGUUUUUUUAUAUGUGGUUUUGCUGACAUUGUGUUGUUUGUUUUUUAUUUUUAAUUGUAUCACCAAAGACAGGAAAAAAAAAAGGCUGAGCAAAGGAGCAGUGGCUUCCCCAUCCUUUAGGCCAGCAGAAGACAAGCUGAACAGCAUUGUCUCAGGACAUGUGCAUGACACAGGUAGAGGUAGGAACAGAGAGCAAGAGUGACUGCUUACUUAAAAGAUCUGUCCUUUGUGUUGGACACAAGGGUGUCUCUGAAGUCCCUAUUAUUUUUCUGAGCUCCAGGAUCUGUUCUUACUUUAGCCAGGCUGCUCAGUGCAGCGGGGCAGUGAUGGCACCGCUUAUGCUACUGACUGGCCGAGCCUCUCGCAGGAAGGUGGUUUCUGGCCCCUGGAAGCACAGCUUGGUCUCAUGGUGCUGCACCCAACCCCCUCUUCAGCUGUGCUGGGACUUUGCUAUCCCAGACCCAGCUAAUUGUGUCUGUGAUCAGAUGAGGCCAUGCUGAGCAGCCUUUGAGAGAGGCACCAAAAUAAGAAGCUGCUCUAGUUUUUCACCUGUAUGUAGGUGCCUGUGUAGUAACCACCUGAGCUAGUAGGUAUAUUACAAUCUAAGUGAAAACCAUGUUGUAACUCCAGAGGUUCGGCCUGCAAAAAAUCUGUUUCCUGGAGUGUGCUGGGUGAGUUGCCAUGUGUCAUGGCAGUAAGAGGAGUCACCGUUUGUGUGCUGCCCCAGGUGAGCAGAGCUGGUGGGAGUGUUUAGCUCUCUGCAGGAUGGGAGGCUCGAGGUGCUGUGCUUGGUAGAGGCUGUGCCUGCCUGCCUGCACUGCUGAGCCCAGGCUUAGCCUAGAAGAGUGGCUUGGUUAUGGCUGGAAUAGUUAAUUGCUUAUUUUAUACUACUGAAAAGAGCAUGGCUUUAAAAGUCACCGGGCCAGAUACUACUACAGGAAAAGCCCUGUCAGCAGCCGGAGGAUUGGACUUAAAAAUAUACAUAGAAAACAAAAUGAAUAAUCCUUCCUUUAAACUCUCAAAUGUCAGGUUCUCCUUUUUUAAUCCCCCAGCACUACUUGGCUGGGCCACUGCUCUGUCCUUGGGAGCUGAGGUUUAUGUAAGCCACAGGCAGGACCUCCUGGUUGCAAGAGGCUCUAUGCUCUAUAGGUUAGUUUAUGCACGAUGAUUUGAGUUAUCCUGCUGCUCGGCAGUGUGAGGAUUUGGUGGGCAGAGGAGGAGGAAGGUGGGUGAGAAUGCACAUGUCUUACGACGGGUGCUGCUCCCAGGGGUCCCAUCUCCAGCUGCUGCCAGCGGGAGCAGUGACCACUCGCCCACCGGGCCGGGGAAGCGGAGCUGCUCUUUGGCUGCAGGGCGUUUGCUUGGCAGAUCCCGCAGGCCUCCACAGCAUUUCAUCCUCGCAGGCUUGAAGAGGAUUUUCCAGACUCUGGGGCUCGUUCAGAUUGGGUUUUUUUUUCCCUUUUUUGUUUUCUUUUGGUUGUUUGGGGUUUUUUUCCAUUUGGGGGUGGGGUUGGGGGCUGUUUCCUACAAGUGGGACUGGGGCACUUUUUGCUUUUCCUUAUGCUUUCUUCUCUGGUCCUGGGGAGCAGAGGUUAGUAAUGGGUGGUUUUGCUUAUGUAUCACAUGCUAACAUUGUGUUUUCUUGCACAGAAAGGCACUCGAAUCACUGAACUGCUAAACAGCUUUGACACUACUAGAGUAUUAAUGUUUAUAAGCUUUACACAACUAGACUGGAAAUAGACAGGGACUAACAGAUUGUUUUGUAUCCAAUUCAGGGAAAGAAUCAAGUUGGGAUGUGUAACAGAUACCUCAGUAAAAAUAAGCUGCAACAAUAAACUGGUCCUUGCUCAGUACACAUUGCAAGGACCAGCCAUUCAGACUGUGAAGAGUAACCCUUCCCCUAAGCCUGGCUUUGAUACUGGCAGUUGGCUUAAUGCGUGUUUCGCUGAACUCCAGAUCUCCUACUGAGCUGCCAGGCUUUGGCGACAGGGUUAUGGAAACCAGCAGCAGAGACGGGGCGGAGGAGCCGGGAGCCGGGGAAGGCUGAGCAAGGGCAAGGGUGGCAGAUCCCCCCCCUCUCCCCGGCUCCGCUUCAUUUCACUCGACCGUGUUCGAUUGUAUAGUACUCAGGGGUUUUGAUACUGCGGGUAGGACUGUUUCUUGCGUGAAGUGCUCCGCUUUGCAGUGUGGCUAAUUCUUUCAACUCCAGACCAGCGAAGGUUUUGCAGUGAGCAGCCAAAAAAAAAAAAGAAAAAAGAAAAAAAAGAGCCCCCAGCUUGCUUCUGUGCAGCCUUGAUGCUCCUGUUUCAGGGGGAAAUUUGCCAGCUGGGUUUGAUGCCCAGCUGGGGUGGGAAAAAAAAAAAAAGAAAAAAAAGAAAAAAAACAAACCUGCUUGUCCUCUUCCAGCAGAUCCCAGUUUAUGCUGGGAAGGCACAAAGAUUGUGAGCUGGGAAAAGAGGGAAGAGGUGAGGGGGAGGCUGCGCACCUGCUCGGCUCCCAAAGUGAAUGUGAAUGUGUCACACCAAGUCCUUUUGGUCGCUGCCUGCGUGUGUGUGUGUGUGCUCCAAAUGGAUUCAGAUCAGAAGAUGUUUUCACCAAACAGCUGCAGCAGCCUUGCUACUAGUUUUCUUACCUAUUUAAAAAAAAAAAAAAAAUAAAUAAAUAAAAAAAAAGAAAUGUGAUAGCCUAGGCGGUGGAUAAAUACCUCAACGUCUCCUUCCAACAAGUGUCUGUAUAUGUUGUUGUUGGGUUUUUUCUAUCUUACACAUUAUCUGAAUGUUUAUAUUCCAAUAAACUUCUACCUCUUCACA